AUGACGUUUGUUUAUGGAGACCCUGUUUUAGAACGUAGGGAACAAGUAUGGGAACGUCUUACGCGUUUCUCAACCACACGAAAUGGACCUUGGUUCAUGAUAGGUGAUUUUAAUGAGAUAACGGAUCACAGCGAGAAAGAGGGAGGGAGAAAGCGAUCGGAUAGCUCUUUCUUACCUUUCAAACAGAUGUUAAGCCACUGUGGAAUGCUGGAAUUCCCAUUUACGGGGAAUAAGCUUUCAUGGGUGGGGAAAAGAUCAAGAGGAAUAACUGUUACAUGCAGAUUGGAUAGAGCGGUGGAUAAUGAGGAUUGGCAUGAAAAGUUCCCCCACACCGCGACUAAGUACCUUAGGCUGUGGGGAUCGGAUCAUCGUCCGAUCCUUGCGGAUAUUCUCACAAAGCCAGUCAGGAAAAAGAAAAAAUUUAAAUUUGAUAAGCGGUGGAUGGAUAAUGAGGAAUUAAGGAAUGUCAUUUUGGAGGGUUGGAAGUCAGAGGAUUUGCCACCGGAUGCGAAUAUAAUGGAGCAUAUUGCUAGCUGUAGGAAAGCACUGAGUCAAUGGAGGAGACAAAACAAUGUGAAUUCGGCAAAGCAAGUUGAGGAGCUAAAGGAGAAGGUGGAGGGACUGUAUUUGGAUGAUGAUGCCACUACAGAGGAAAUAUCUGAAGCUCUGAAGGAACUAUCUGCUGCUCUUAAGGCAGAAGAGAUGUUUUGGAGACAGAAAAGCAGGGUUCUUUGGUUAAGAGAGGGCGAUAGGAAUUCAAAAUAUUUUCAUGCCCUGGUGAAGCAAAGAAGAGCAAGGAAUAGGAUAACGCAACUCCUGGAUGAGAAUGGAAAUAUAGUGGAGGAUGAGGAGGGGCUAGUAGCCAUUGCUACUAGUUAUUUUAGGCAAAUAUUUGAAUCCUCAGACCCAGAGGAUAUAGCGGAGGCGCUAUCAGAGGUUCCAACAACGAUCACGGGAUCAAUAAAUGCCGACCUCACAGCCCCUGUAACUGAAUGGGAGGUAAAAUUAGCAUUAUUCGCUAUGCAUCCAGAAAAAGCCCCAGGACCAGAUGGAAUGACAGCUCUCUUUUAUCAAAAGUUCUGGGAUAUUGUCAAAGAUGAUUUAACUCGUAUGGUUAAUCAAUUCCUUUUUGACGGAACAAUGGCACAAGGCCUUAAUGAUACGAAUAUUUGUUUAAUCCCUAAGACGACAAAGCCGAAUGAGAUGACAAAAUUUAGACCUAUUAGUCUAUGUAAUGUAAGCUACAAGGUAAUAUCUAAGGUCUUAUGCCAAAGAUUGAAGAAAGUUCUCCCUCAGAGAAUAUCAGAGACCCAGUCAGCCUUCGUUGCUGGUAGACAGAUCACGGAUAAUAUCAUGAUAGCUCAGGAGAUGUUCCAUGCUCUGAGAACCAAGCCGGGAGGAAGGGUUAAACGGAUGGCCAUAAAAACUGAUAUGAGUAAAGCAUAUGAUAGGAUGGAAUGGUCAUUCAUUGAAGCAGUCAUGCGAAAGAUGGGCUUUUCCGAGAUGUGGAUUGAUUGGAUCAUGCGUUGCAUUACUUCGGUCAAGGUUCCAGCGAAUGUUAGGCAGCAGAUCAAGGACACUCUUGGUAUACAAAAUGAAGGUGGGAUGGGCUCAUAUCUAAGAAUCCCAGAGGAUAUUAGUGGCUCAAAGUGCAAAUUAUUUGCCUUCCUAAAGGAAAAGCUUCUACAUAGAGUGAAUGGCUGGACUGGUAGAUGGUUAUCUAAGGGUGGGAAGGAGGUUUUGAUUAAAUCGAUACUGUUAGCUCUCCCGACCUAUGUCAUGUCCAGCUUUCUGCUUCCGUUAGAUAUAUGUGAGAACCUAGCAAGUGCCAUUGCACAGUUCUGGUGGAGCUCGAAUCCUCCGAAAAGAGGAGUGCACUGGGCAAAAUGGGAAAAGAUGUGUGCGCCUAGAGAAGAUGGAGGAAUUGGUUUCCGUAUGAUCCAUGAAUUUAAUCUAGCUCUUCUAGCUAAGCAGCUAUGGCGACUUGUGCAAUUUCCGGAUUCACUAGUAGCGAGAGUUCUCCGAGGAAGAUAUUACCGUCUCAGCUCGCCGUUGCGAAUGGGUAAUGUAGAUACUCCAUCCUAUGUAUGGACAAGUAUAUCUGCCGCGAGAAAGUUAUUGCUUCUGGGAAUUAGGAGUAAGGUGCACUCAGGGUACGAGAUUAAUGUGUGGGAAGAUCCUUGGAUCCCUACGAUGCCAGCUAGGCCGGCGAGAGCCCGAGUUCCAGCAGUGAAUCCUAAGAUGCUUGUAAGCAGCCUUAUUAAUCCGGUUACCAAAGAGUGGGACACCCGACUACUGGAGCAAUAUGUAGCUCCAGAAGACAUCCCGAUGAUUCAGAGUUUGGCCAUUAGUCCUACUCAUCGACGUGAUACAUUUUGCUGGAGCCACACAAAGACUGGACAAUACAUUGUCAAAUCGGGAUACUGGGUUGCGACGAACUUGAUGAGAGAGGACGAGGAGUUAGAAGUUCUACAGCCGAGCAUCAAAAAACUUCAAGCCUUUGCUUGGAAGGUGAAUGCGCCACAAAAGAUCCGCCAUCUUAUAUGGCAACUAAUAUCUGGACAGAUAGCCGUAACAAGAAAUCUGGUACGACGUAACAUGAGAUGUGAUAAUUAUUGCCCAAGAUGUGGAGCGCCAGAAGAGACUGUCACUCAUGUUAUCUUUGAGUGUCCACCGGCCUUACAAGCAUGGGAGUUAUCAUCAACAUCAUCGAGCUCUGAAAUCUUUCCUGUAUCGAGUAUUUAUGCUAAUAUGGACUUCUUCUUUUGGAGGAAGAAUGAUAUUCUGGAGCCAGAAGAGGACAGGGACCCUUAUCCUUGGAUAAUUUGGUAUAUCUGGAAAGCUAGGAAUGAUAAGUUGUUUAGAGGCAUAGAAAGAGAUCCAUUGGAGCUAGUCAGGUAUGCAGAGAGUGAGUGCCAAGCGUGGUACAAUGCACGAGACUCUGUGCCGGUUGUGCCAAAUGUACAGACUAUUGAAGAACCACAAGUCUUAUGCUUGGGGAAUAUUUGCAUGGUGGAUGGUUCAUGGACUUCCACAGCUCAAUUUAGUGGAAUAGGAUGGGUCUGGAAGAAUGCAAUGGGGAAGAUACAACUCCUGGGGUCAAGGAAUUUGCGUAGGAGGGAGACAUCGUUACACUCGGAACUGGAAGCUUUAAAGUGGGCAAUGGAGAGCAUGAUACAACACUCGACUUGUCAAGAGUUUGGGACGGACUGCAAGGAUCUGAUAGCAAUGAUGGAGCAGCCACAAGAUUGGCCCAACUUCUCAACUGAGCUGGAAAACAUUCAAACUCUUCGGUUGUGUUUUUCAGAUUUCAAGAUAACCUAUAUUCCGAGGACGCAGAAUGAGAUUGCGGAUGCGCUAGCUAGAAAUGCACGUUCUUUUCAUAGAUCAUUAUGUUUUAUUGGUUGUUCUAUUCUGGUCUGGCUUCCCAGACCACCUCAAGUUUGA